GGCAUGGAUGGACAUACUAGUUCCCAUAAGUCUGCACUUAUCAAUCACUCUAAAACCCUAAACCCUUGUAAAAUCCCAAAAAUCCCAUAUCCCAAUUCAGUCAAUGUUUCAAGCCUACUCGCAAUCAACUGCAAUUGGAAGUCCAAGAAUGUUUCCAGCGUUAAGCAGAUCAAGUUUGCUCCGAUUGUAUUCACGACCAAGAAAGUUGAUCGCUUUUAGAAAAUCACCCUCUUGCAACAUUUCCGCAGCAGCUACUCCUGUCGAAUUUUCACCAAAAUUCUCGGCGUCAAGGAUUAGAAAUUUGUUUUCCAGAAUCAGCCCCCUCAGGAAGGACCACGAUGUUGUCCAGGUGCUCGAUCAGUGGGUUGCCGAGGGUAGAAAAAUCCAUUACCAGGAAUUCCAACGUAUAAUUCGCGAUCUGCGGAGCCGCAGACGAUUCUCGCAGGCUCUUCAGGUCUCAGAGUGGAUUAGUUGUAAUGGUGUAUGUAAAAUGUCCCCAGGUGAUUGUGCUGUCCAUUUGGAUCUGGUUGGUGUUGUCCGCGGAUGUGAAGCUGCGAAGAGCUACUUUAGUAACUUAUGCGACCAAGACAAGAACGAAAAGACGUAUGGUGCUAUGUUGAACUGUUAUGUGAGAGAAGGCGUCUUAACGAAAGCCCUUCUCCAUCUGCAGAGAAUGAAAGACAUGGGAUAUGGCUCAUCGGCUAUUACUUACAACAGCAUCAUGGUCCUGUACAAGAAAGCAGGUCAGCUUGAGAAAAUUCCUGAGAUUCUCUCGGAAAUGAGGAAGAACGGUGUGGCUCCUAACAGUUUCAGUUACAAAAUGUGCUUGAGUUCUUUCGGUGAGAGAUCUGAUCUUGGUGGCAUGGAGAAGCUUCUAGAUGAGAUGGAGUCACUAACUGACAUUUCCUUUGAUUGGAGCACGUAUUCUAUGGCUGCCUUUCAGUUCAUAAAAGCAGACGAGAAGGAGAAGGCGCUUGCUUAUAUGAAGAAGGCGGAAGAGAAGCUCGAUAAAGAUGCUAUAGGCUAUAAUCACUUGAUCUCACUCUAUGCCCACCUAGGGCAGAAAGAUGAAAUGAUGAGGUUGUGGGCUUUACAGAAAUUUGUAUGCAAAAAGCAAAUCAACAGAGACUAUAUCACCAUGUUGGGCUCUCUGGUAAAGCUUGGAGAGCUCGAAGAAGCCAAGGCCGUGCUAGAUGACUGGACUUGUUCUUGCCACACAUACGACUUCAGAGUGCCGAACAUACUCCUGAUCGGGUAUUGUCAGAGGGGUCUCCCCGAUAAAUCUGAGGCAAUGCUUCGGGAAAUUAUCAAAAGGGGAGAAAUUCCAACUCCCAACAGCUGGUCCAUCAUUGCUACGGGAUAUCUGGAUAACAGCAAUCCAGGGAAGGCUUUGGAAUGCAUGAAACGAGCAGUGGCUGCAAAAGAAGGCAAUGACAAAUGGAUGCCGAAGGCUGAUCAGGUUGCGAGGUUGCUAGAGUGGCUUGGCGAGGAAGGAGAGAUUCAAGAAGUGGAAGCUUUUGUAUGGCAGCUUAAGACGGUGAUGCCGGUGAAAACAGAAAUGUACCAUACCUUGAUUAAAGCGAGUGUAAGAGUGGGUAAAGAUGCUGGUUGGGUUUUGGAUCAAAUGCGAAGUGAUGAUAUCGCUGUUGAUGAUGAAACGCAGAAGUUGCUUUGCAGAUGACCAUUCCAUCCUUUUUUUAAUUAUUAUUUUUAUGGUAAAUGUUGAUAUGUUUCACAUCUGCACUUUUAAUGAAAGAAGUAGUAACGUGCAGAUGACCAAGUAUUCCUUGUUUUUCUUCAUAAAUCAUAUCACUUAGAUCAUCCACAUUGAUUAAAUCAAGUCUUAAUUCAUUGA